CUUUCAAUCUUCAUACUUUUCACCUUCUGAGAAUUCCUCGGUUGCAGUAUCCUGAGAUUUGGAAGAAGCAAAUUUGUAUCAGCAAAGGAGGUCAGAACCUGUCCACGAUGCACGACACACUUCUCCUGGCAUGCAUCAUGUCAUUCAUUUAUAUUGCUGCGUGCAAUUCCAGACUUCCUGAUGAAACCCCUAAAUCAGAUGGCAGUCAGUCAGCUGUUGAUCUCGAACCAGUUCCUGACCAGUUGGACUCCACCUUAAUAUCGUCUGAGGAAGAUCCUGAAAAGAGAGGAUGGGACAAAUUGUCCAACGUAUGGGGCAAGCGUGCCGACUGGAACAAAUUAAAUGGAAUGUGGGGAAAGCGUGCUGACUGGAACAAACUUAACGGUAUGUGGGGCAAGCGUGCCGACUGGAACAAGCUCAAUGGCAUGUGGGGCAAGCGUGCUGACUGGAACAAACUUAAUGGCAUGUGGGGAAAGCGUGCUGACUGGAACAAACUCAAUGGCAUGUGGGGCAAGCGUGCUGACUGGAACAAAUUGAAUGGAAUGUGGGGAAAACGAGAAACCACUGAGCUGCCACCUUACUGGGGAAAACGUGGAUGGAACAACCUUUCCAAUGUCUGGGGAAAGAGAACCUCAAGCCGAGACGACGGAAGUAAGAGAACAACUCAGUGGAACAAUUUGAAAAGCGUCUGGGGGAAACGAGGAGACAGUGAAUGGGACAUCCCUGCUGUUUGGGAAGGAAUUCCUGUUGAAGAUAACUUUCAAGGAAUCUACAUCCCAGAUCAGAUGUGAAUACUGCAUUGGUUGUACCGUCAUAUGUGUCGUCCAUGUCUUACAAAAGAAAAUUGAUGUGAAAUCACUACAUUAGGUGUUUAUGUUGAAAGAAAAGAAAAUUCGGCUUUGAUGUUUUUGCUUGUUCUUAUCAUGUAUAUGUGUCCAAUUUUUUUUUCAUAUUUUAAUGUUUCCAAAUAUUAGCAGACUUUUAUUCACGAUUUAAUAAAUGAAUUUCAUUUAUUUCAUGUGUUUGAAAUUUUGUGAUUCAAGCAUUUACAAUAGUUUCUAUAGAUUUCAAAGUAAUCCGAAAUUUUAAAUGCGAGAUUGAAAGUUAAAUAUCUAGUUACAAGAAACUGGCAUUUUGCUUUAAUUUGAAAUAGAUAAGAUUUCUUUCAUGAAAUUACAAGGAAAAAAUUCCAUUUCUCUUAAGAGAAAUU